AUGAUGACGUUUCAUCCGCGCUGGGAGGUCGACCCUGACCUCGUCAAGCACCAAACCGAGCUCAUCUUUCUCGUCGACAGAUCGGGAAGCAUGGCCGGCUCGCGAAUGGAUAUCGCCAAAGCAACGCUGCAGCUCUUCCUGCGGAGCUUGCCCGAAGGAGUUCGGUUCAACAUCUUCAGCUUCGGCAGCAAAUUCUCGAGUCAGUUCGCCUCGAGCGUGGAGUACGAUGAGCAGAGUCUUAUGCGCGCGGACGCCCAUGUCAAUGCCAUGAGCGCCGAUAUGGGCGGCACCGACCUGCUCAAGCCUCUGCAGCACGUUCUCAGACAGCGCGAGCACGAGGGCUUAUCGCGACAGAUAUUUCUGUUGACCGAUGGCGAAGUCCUGAAUGCCGAGGAGGUCAUCCAGCUGGCAGGCACCACCCGCAUCUUCACGUUUGCCAUCGGCAACGAGGCAGACAAGAACAUGCUUCACGAGCUGGCCUUGUGCGGACGCGGGGCGAUGGAGUUCGUGAGCGAGGUGGAGCACAUGAAGGUGCACGUGAUGCGGCAGCUUCAGAAAGCGCUCGAGCCCGCGAUGACGAACGCCAAGCUCCGGCUGAUAUCCCGAGACGGCUCGGACAAGCACUGGCGCUGCACGUCACGCACCAUUCGCCCUAUCUUCUCUGGUGAAAGGCUGGUGCUCUACGCGCUCUCCAGUCUCCGAGGGGAAUGGUCGGAAGACCACCAGCUCGCUAAGGCGGAGCUGACCGGUGUGGGUCCGACCGGCGAGGCACUGGCUUUUGAGCUCUUCAUCGAUGCCGACCACACGACCACGGGGUGCACGCUACACCAGCUGGCUGCCAUUUCACUCAUCAGCGGUUUGAGGGGCAACGACGUGCACUGCAAGAACCUGGGCCUGGCCUACUCUCUCGCCACCUCGCAGACCUCCUUCGUGGCGAUCGAGGAGAGGGAUCGCGCCACUCUCGACGAACCAUGA